GGCGUGUUCAUCAUUAUUGUUCCCACUUCCCACAAACCCCAAACCUGUGUCUGUCUACAACAAUGCCUGUCUUUUUCUCCUCUCGUUUUCUCUUCUUCUCCAUCAUCGUCCCCUUAUUUCUUUCCAUCGCUUUAUACAAACUCGACACAUUCGACCCAGCUCCGGUUACUUCAGAUGCAUUCACUUCCUCUACUACUUCACUCCCGCCGCUUCUCAACGAAAAAUUUCGCACCGGAGCUGAGUUCAUCGGCGUCAAUGUUCUCCAUAAACCCGAAGACAUCGCUUACCAUAAAGACUCUGGUCUAAUCUACACCGGCUGCGUAGACGGAUGGGUGAAACGAGUCAAGGUCGCCGACUCAGUUAACGACUCGGUCAUAGAGAACUGGGUCAACACUGGUAGUAGACCCCUCGGACUCGCUUUCGGACUCAACGGUGAAGUCAUUGUAGCAGACGCCUACAAGGGACUGUUGAACAUAAGCGGUGACGGGAAGAAGACGGAACUGUUAACGGACGAAGCGGAAGGGUUGAGAUUUAACUUGACGGAUGCAGUCGUCGUUGCGGAUAACGGCGUUUUGUAUUUCACAGAUGCGUCUUCCAAAUACAAUCUCCAUCAACUAAAUCUUGAGAUGUUCGAAAUGAGACCAUAUGGUCGGCUCUUGAGCUAUGAUCCCACCACACGUGUCACUCGUGUUCUUCUCAGAGACCUUUACUUUGCUAAUGGCAUCACCAUUUCUCCUGACCAAACUCAUGUCAUCUACUGUGAAACUCCCUUGAAAAAAUGUAGCAAGUAUUACAUAGAGGAGGAGCGUGUGGAGGUAUUCAUUGAAGACUUACCAGGUUAUGUAGAUAACAUCCGUUACGAUGGAGAGGGACAUUACUGGAUUGCAAUACCUUCGGUAGUAACAACGUUGUGGAAUAUCUCGUUGAAGUACCCUUUCUUAAGGAAACUAGCAGCUAUGGUGGCUAAGUACGGUGUGGACCUUAUGUUUAUGGUGGAUGCAGGGGUUAUGCAGGUUGAUUUGGAUGGUAAUCCCAUCGCAUACUACCAUGAUCCGAAACUAUCUCACAUUGCUACUUGUGACAAGAUUGGGAAAUAUCUAUAUUGUGGAAGUCUCAUGCAUUCCCACAUGCUUCGAGUUGAUAUCCAGAAAUAUCCUGCACAGAAGAAGCAGCUUUGAAAACAUCAUGUUUUUUUUACAAAUAAGGAAAUUUUCCAUUUUAGGAUGAGUAUACCACUGUCACAAUAUGUAAAACUCAUCGUCUCUUAGAGAAUUAAUGAUGAUGAUGAUGAUAGAUCUAUCUCUCUCCCUCUCUGUCUUUUAAUGUUUUUUUGUCUCUCUCUCAUAGAUGUGUAUGACAUUGAUUCCAAGAGUGUGACUGUGACUUGCGUUGAUUUUUCUCUUUUCUUAA